CAAUUGAGACCCAUUGGAAGAAGAUUCACUAUUAAAAAUGUUACCAUGAUUUUUUUUUCUUUGUCAAUACCUAAACUAACAGAAGUUUGUGAGGUGGAAGAAGUUGAGGGUGUAGUUGAUUACAAAAAAGAAGUCGCCUAA